UCGAUGGAAAAAAGAACCGCUUCCGUGUUGUUUUUUGGUUCUGCAUUUGUGAUGAAUAACAGCUGCGUAAGGUGAAAUAAGAUUGACUAAUCGCCGGUGAGUGGUUUAUAAUGGUUUUGUAGAACGAACCAUAGCAACAGUGUAUUCGUAAAAAUGUCGUUGCAACAAGGAUCUAAGAAAAAGGACAAGCGCAUUUUGUCUGGUACCUGCCCGGAUCCGAAAUGCCAGGCGAGGCUGUUCUUCCCUGCUUACGGCUCGGUUAGUAUUGAAUGCACAGAAUGCGGUCAGCGUCACGAGCAGAGGAAUCUUUUAAAAGUGGAGGAAGUCACCGAUCCGGACGUUGUGCUUCACAAUUUGCUGAGAAAUGCUCUACUUGGUGUAACCGGGGCCCCCAAAAAAGGGACAGAGUUGGUAAAAGUGAUGGGACUAUCCAACUACCAUUGCAAGCUGCUGUCUCCCGUUCUCACGCGAUACGGAAUGGAUAAACAGACAGGUCAAGCCAAAUUAUUAAGAGAGAUGAAUCAAGGGGAAAUUUUCGACUGCUCACACUUGGGGGACAGAGCCUUUCUAAUCGAGCAGGAACAUGUAUGUACUGUCGGCUAUGGGAAAGAUCGAUCAGGCAGCCUUAUUUACCUGCAUGACACAUUGGAAGAGGUGAAGAAGGCUAACUGGAAUAAAGAGUGUCUCAUUCCUGUUCAUGUGGAUGGAGAUGGCCACUGCUUAGUCCACGCUGUAUCUAGGGCACUUGUUGGCAGAGAGUUGUUUUGGCAUGCUUUGAGAGAAAAUUUGAAGCAGAAUUUCAAGGAAAACCUUGACCGCUAUAAGGCUCUUUUUCAAGAUUUUAUAGAUGCAGCAGAGUGGGAAGACAUAAUAAACGAAUGUGACCCUUUGUUUAUUCCACCAGAAGGGGUGCCAUUAGGACUGCGUAACAUUCACAUAUUUGGGUUGGCUAAUGUGUUGCACCGGCCCAUAGUCUUACUAGACUCACUGAGUGGGAUGAGGAGCUCUGGGGAUUAUUCUGCAACAUUUCUCCCAGGACUGGUGCCAGAGGAGAGGUGCAAGGGUAAAGACGGUCAGUUCAACAAGCCUAUAUGCAUUGCUUGGAGCAGCUCUGGACGCAACCACUACAUUCCCCUUGUAGGAAUAAAAAGUGCACCUCUUCCUAAACUUCCAGCUAGGCUUCUCCCCAAGGCGUGGGGAGUACCGCAGGAGCUCAUCAAGAAGUACAUUCAGCUGGAGCAAGAUGGGAGCUGUGUCAUUGGCGGUGACAGAAGUUUGCAGGAUAAGUAUCUAAUGCGGCUAGUCAGUGCCAUGGAGGAGGUUUUCAUGGAAAAGCAUGGCAUUCACCCCUCUUUGGUGGCAGAUGUGCAUCAGUAUGUGUACAGAAGGACUGGUGUCAUUGGAGUUCAACCCGAAGAAGUUACAGAAGCUGCCAAAAAAUCAGUCCUGGAAAACCGCCUUCAUCGCUGUUUGAUCUGCAGUGCGCUGUCCGAGCUUCACGUGCCUCCUGAGUGGUUAGCUCCUGGCGGUAAGUUCUACAACUUGGCCAAGUCCACUCAUGGGCAACUCAGACCUGACAAAAACUACAGCUUCCCCCUGAACAAUGUUGUGUGCUCUUACGACCCAGAGCGGGACGUUCUGGUUCCCGACUACAAGCUGAGCACUUUGAACACCUGCAAUUGGUGCCAUGGGACGUCCGUGCGGCACGUCCGCGGCGAUGGCUCCGUUGUGUACCUGGACGGAGACCGAACCAACACACGCUCCCAGGGGGGAAAGUGUGGCUGCGGGUUCAAGCAUUUCUGGGAGGGGAAAGAGUACGAGAACCUGCCAGAGGCCUUCCCCAUCACUUUGGAGUGGGGCGGGAGAGUGGUUAGGGAGACUGUGUACUGGUUCCAGUUUGAGACUGACCCCAGCCUGAACAGCAAUGUUUACGAUGUAGCCAUGAAGCUGGUGACCAAGCAUUUCCCGGGCGAGUUUGGGAGCGAGAUCCUUGUGCAGAAAGUGGUGAACACCAUUUUGCACCACACAGCCAAGAAAAACCCGGACGAGUACAAUCCAGUGGCUAUCGAUGGCGCGCACGCUCGGAGGCUCGGUGAUGUCGAAGAAGGACAGGCAGCUGUGGAUGUGCAGCCUCCAACCAAGAUAAUAUUAACGGGACAGAAAGCAAAGACCCUGCACAAAGAGGAGCUGACCAUGAGCAAAGCGGAGCGAAGCGUCCAGCAGAACAUUAGCGAGCAGGCCUCUGUGACCCAGAAGAAGAGAACCGACAGGCUUAAGCAGGACCAGAAGAGCCAAGGGAGGACCCCAUCCCAGGGGUCACAGGAAGGGCCGUCCUCUGCCCCGGCCACGCCCACCAAAGCCCCCUACUCCCCAAAGUCUAGCACCGACAAGAAGAUCCGGGUCACCACCAAUGACGGGCGGCAGGCCAUGCUCACGCUGCAGGCUGACACCACCUUCUCGGAGCUCCAGAGGAGCAUCUCCAAAGAGUUUGCUGUGCCGCCUGCCCAGCAGUGCAUUCGCUACGGCUUCCCCCCCAAGGAGCUCCUGCCACCCAAGGAGGGCCAGGAGAAUGAGCCCUUACCACUGCAGCACGGGGACAGGGUGACUGUGGAGGUGGUCAAGGACUCCAAGGAGAAGGAGGCUCCUACCUCGGCUCCCACCACCGGCCUCCACUCGGUGAGGAGUGAGGAGUCGGCCUCAGCCGGCAGAGUGACGUCCAAAGAGCUGCAGGAGAGCAUUGACCUUGAGAUGUCCUCCCUCUGCCUCCUGGCGACCUUAAUGGGGGAAGAUGUCUGGUCAUAUGCAAAGAAGCUUCCUCACUUAUUCCAACAAGGUGGAGUCUUUUAUAACAUAAUGAAGAAAGAUAUGGGACUGAUGGACGGCAAACACUGCACCCUGCCUCACCUGAGCGGGAAGACGUUUGUGUACAACGCAGCGGAGGAGCGUCUGGAGCUGUGCGUGGACGCGGCGGGGCACUUCCCCGUGGGGCCGGACGUGGAGGAGCUGGUGAAGGAGGCGCUGGCCCAGCUGCGCUCAGAGGCAGCCGCCAGGAGCCGCGAGGGCAGCCCGUCCCACGGCCUCCUGCGUCUGGGGAGCGGGGGCGUGGUGCGCAAGAAGGAGCAGCUGCACAACGUUACCGCCUUCCAGGGCAAGGGCCACUCCCUGGGCGGGGCCCCCAGCGGGGGCUCUCCUCCGGAGCUGAAGCCCAUCUCCCGCAAGCACAGCAGCGGGGUGGACCUGAGCGCCAGCGUGUCGCGGCAGGCCGACCUCUCCGACAUCCCCGAGGACACGGCCAAGGAGCUGGUCCGCAUGGCUCCCGGCUUCGUCACCCUGAAGGACGGCCGCCACCUGGACCCGGGCAUGAUCGAGGCCCAGAGGAAGAGGCUGCAGGAGAUGGUGUCCUCCAUCCAGGCCUCCAUGGACCGCCACCUGAGGGAGCAGAACCGGGGCCCCGCCGAGCCGGCCCCCCGCAGGCCCGAUGCCAGGGGCCCAGCCGAGAGGACAGACGGGGCCAAGGCGAGUGCCCCCGACUCAACCCUGGGACCUGGCGACCAUGAACACUCCAGUAUGGACAUGGGGGCUGAAACGGCAGCGGGCAAGCAGCCUGAAAAGAGCACGGCCCCGGAGGAACUGGAGGAGAUGGAGAGCCAGGAUGGAGAGCUCGCCAACGCCACUGAGCCAAUGGACCAUUCCUGAUGGGAGAGGUGCUCCAUCAAGCCCUUGUGUUUCACGUAGAGAAGGCACACUACUCAUUAUCUUCCUCCACAAGGCAGCAUUACGUGGGAUCGCUGUAGUGUUGGGUUGCAUCAAAGCUUAAGGUUUCUGCUGUCUUUUUUGUCUUUAAUGCAUGACAUUGAAUUUAAAGAUUGAUAGUUCAUAUGAAUGUUUCUGCCUUACUGCUGCCCGGGUUAUCACUUGAUAAGAUUAUUUGGAGACAAUUGAUUUGUGAAGCAAGGAAAAACAGCUAAAACCCUUUAGCUAUUCUAUGUGUGGAUCAUCAUGUGGAAAUCAUUCUUUUAAAGAAAGCGUGUCGAGUCUUAAGACCUAGAACAGAAGUAGUGGUGCUGGCAAAGUGGAUCUGGAAAAGCAUUACCUAUCAUUUUCUAACAGAAGUUGUUUUUGCACUAUACAAACUAUGACAACAUGAACACAUAGUCUGACCAGAGCAGAAUUUGUAUUGACAAAGAAUUUUCACCACGGCACUUGCUAACAUCAGGUGUCCAGCAUUACAAAUGAUUUUAUUUCCAACGGUUCUCCUUUCUGCAUGUUGUUUUCUUGCCGUUCUUCAUUACCACCAGGUAAUGAGAGGGCAAGAGUAUGGUGCUUAACAAACCACCAGACAUUAGUCUCUUACUUUGCACUUAGUUUGCUGGACAAAAAUGGAGGUGGAAUUCAUACAGGUUAACAUUUAAGUGUCAAUGUUUCCAACAGAUGCAGUGACAAUUUAUUAUGUAACCUAUUUCAUGAACCAAAGUAAGCUGUGUUGUUGAGAGUUUGUAUAGAGCACAAAUACAGUGUGAAUUGAAUACUGCACUUGGCAGAGAACACCUUGAGGUUAAAGAGCACCUAAGGUUCUUUUCUGUAAAAAUAAACCCAGAGGAAGUGUUUGGUUAGACAUGGCAAACAUUUAUAAAUCAGCCUUGUAAAGGCCAUCAACUUGGUGCAUUAUUGGUAUGUACACGGCAUGUGCUUGGGCUAUGUUUUCUAAUAGCUAAUAAUUUCUAACACAUUUUGAAUUGUCAUGAGGAAAAAAAAAGUCAUUAAUUAAUGGAAAAAAGGUUAACCAGUCCUUUUUUUCAGAGGAAUUCCACAGGUGCACUUAAACUUCUGUUCAAAGGUGUGAAAGAAGUGCAUUUCCAUUGUUACCAAACUGUAGCUGAAGCCUUCUGCAAGAAAUGCUUUGAUCAAAAAUGCAAAUAUUUGAGCGAUGUAUGAAGUAUCGUGAGUUUUCUUUAUUAUUUUUAUUAUUACAGCAAUAGAGAAAGGACUAAUUAUAAACCAAAUCACCUACUACUUCUUUAGAAUGGAAACCCAACUAUUGAUUAAUUUUCAGUGUGGCGCUAAUGCGCUUCAAAAAAGGAGAACAGCUUUUGAAAUCUGUGUAUGGGAAUGUAAUAGCAUUCAUCAAAAAGAAAGUAGAAGAGUGUGUAAUUUCUGCCAUAACAUGGUUGGAUUUUAGUAUACAUUUAAAAUGAAAUGCAAGCUGGCAUUUUUACUGUACUGUGUGAAAAUACAGAUUUGAGAAACACCUGAUCACUUGAGCAUAAUGAAUAUUUGCAGUAUUUUUAAUUUAAUUUUGAUAUUUUGCAGCCAGUGACUCAGGUUUACAGGAGACAGUGUGUGCAUGUGUCUGAAUAAUAGGAUUCACAGAUGGUUGGAAAAACCAAAGUCUGGGUCAUUCAGGGUGUGACGGCCCUCAGAUCAGUGGCAUCCUUUUAGAACCGAUGUUUACAACUUUGGGAUAAAUGCCCACAUGCCGUCUUACCUGAUGGCAUGAAUGCUGCAGUUCCAGACCAGGAAAUGGAUAAAUUUGUGCCAACGCAAUGUAGUUAUUUACCCUUCUGGCACACUCACUAGACCUUCCUGCUCCAUCAAACUUCAUUAAGAAAGAGUCUCUCGUGGUCUGUUUUUAAUUGUAAGUUUGCAGAAUGCUAAAAGGAAAACUUAGGCAAGCCCCCUGUGAAUGACAUGCUGUACAGAUGUAAUCGCAGGCUUGGCAGCUCUGCACUUGCAGUUGGGUAUAUCACACGAUGCAUGUCUACCUACAAUCCCAACAGAGCUAACCCUUGACCCCAAUCAAAAGCCUCUUGCCAGGUGUGUCUCUGGGGUCAAAGGUCACACAGGUUUUCUUUUUGAUGGAUUUUUUUUGUUGUGUUUUCUUUUGGAUUGCCUUAAAUUCUUUAAAAUAUUUUACAGCAAUAUACAAUUGGUAAUUGUACCCUUUAUCCCCUUUCUUACCAUAUACCCAUUACCAAAUGGUAAUUUGCACCACAUUAUGCUUUGAGCUGGUGGAAGAAUGGAAACUUAGAUUUAGCUAAAGGUUUUAUGGUGAAAAUGUCAAUAGUGAAUGGUGAAGGACUUACAAAAUAAAUAUUACAAAAAUAAUUUUUGAGGAAACAUUUGGAUGUGUAGAACCAUUUGUGCUUUGCUUAGCUCUUCCAUAUCCGCGUGUCUUGAACAUCAAGCAUUUUAAAGGAACUGUACACCAAGACUGUAUUCAGUCCCUGGACUAUUGUUAUAUAUUUUUAAAAGGUGCUUCAAAAUGAUUUGCCCCUACAUUCACACAUUCUUUAGAAGUAACAAAACACAACAUUUAGUAAUGGUGCAUCCCUUCUGUGAUGGUGAUCCAUCCAGUGUAGGCGAUUGGAGCAAUGUGUUUUUGAAGUACCUUAUAUCUGUUGCACUGAAUGCUCAUUUCAGUGCCAUUUUCUGUGCACAUGGUAAAGAGUAGGAACACACAGAGCAGGUUGGACUGACCAAAUACAAGUCCUUGGGUUCUGUGCUGAAAUGACGAUUGACCUUAAUGCAGAACUUCUUUUCAAUUUGAAGUGUUUUAGCUCUGUAAGCAUAAUGGCCACAGAAAGGUACCGCUGUGCUGCCAGUUAAUGGAACCGGGACCAUUUUGGUUCCUGGAGUUGCUCUCUAACGUUAAGUCUUUGGCCUUAUUUUAUUUUAUUUUGAAUCUAACUUGGUCUAAGUGAAAGAAGCAUGAAUAUGUUGAUAAGGUGGCCCAUUGAAUUCCGUGCCACCAUGUGGAAUGAAGCAGGUUUUCAUGUGACUGCAGCGACUCCUGUCUCUGACUACAUAACCGAAGUGACAAGACGGUAAAUGUUAAAGCUGUGAUGUUUUCCAACUUAGCUGAAAAUCAAAAUACAAAGUGAAAAUUGAGCACUUUCAAAGCAAGAGGGAAUGUUAGAAUAUGUAUAAAUGGUUUGUGUUAGUAUAUAUAUAGUUCUGUUCUCAAAAAUAGUAUAUAUUAUUGUCAGUCCAUGGAAAGAAGCAAAGCGAGAUGGUGUACUAGCCUAUUCUCAACAACACUGGUUAUUUUCAUCAAACCUGAGGUUUGGUUCCUUGUGACUGCUGUAUUAAUUAUACGUAUUGUAAGCCAGUGUAUUAUAAAAGUAUAUAUUGUACUAUACUUUGAUCUGUACAGAAAUUGAAGUUGUUUUGUUCCAUUUUUUUAGUUAACAUUUCUUGUUUGCUAAUAAAACAACUGAAGUUGCUACGGCUUCAAUAUUGCUGUCCGCAUGCUUGACAAACUUUUCAAUCUCUCUGCAAUAAAGAAAUUGCUUCACA